CUUAGGUCAGAGCCGCCUCCUAUCAAAUGCUGAUUGGUCAGACUCUACCAAACCAUAGCAACGUGCCCUGUGUUGAGGUUUGGCAUAUGGUUACUUUGGAUGCGUCUUGGACGAACUGAAUUUUUCAGCCUUCUUCAAUUGAAACUUUUUGUUGAAGAACAAACUAAAUUGGAAUAUAGAACACAAUCCAGUCUAAAUUCUAGUGAAGAAUUUGAAGCCGUGCUGACAAGUGAGGAGAGUUGUCGCAAGUUGGAUAUGGUCACCUUUGUUCUUCUCUUCAUCCCUUUUGCCUGCGACAUAGUUUUCACUAGUUCGUCAAUAGAAGAUCAUCAAAAGGAAUAUCUCGUAUUGUGUGUUUUAGUUUCAUUCAAAAGGGUAUAAAGAACUUGUUUUGCAUCAACAACUUGUGCACUCCAUCUCCAAUUCAUCUGUUGAAGAACCCUAUAUAAUUCUGAGAUUUUAACAACGCCGAAUGAAAUGGCAGAUGAAUAUGUAAUACUUGGAGCGUCGGAGUUCAUCAAAGGUAAAAAAAGAAAAGUAGUUGCGCAACUUGGCUUGAAUAACAUCUACUUAUUGCGCGAGAGUUCAUGCGCGUGUUGCGGUCAGGCGCAGCCUUAGAUUGCUUUUGCCCACAAACGUUUAGAACAUGUGAUUUAACAGCUGUUUAACUAAUUUGUAUGUGGAAUCAAUGCGUUUCAUUCGUGUAGUUAGUUUCUUUGAGCAUUGUUUGUGCAGUUUUUAGUGACUUUAGUACUUGAUGAAUCUCCCAGAGCAGAAAUAUGAUUGCACCAGCCAAAACAUAGGCCUAUAUGGGAACACAUUUAAUGGAAGAGUAACUUUAUAUUUUGGGUGUUAAUGAAUGUUGUUUGAUGUUUUGGAAGAAGCUAAGUCGGAAUGGAAAGGGUUAAAAAGAACCCCUGAUGUGGGUCACAUUCACAUAAUGCUCAUUGAGCGUGGGAAAUGAAAUAUGAUUAUUAUCAUUGUUAUCACUUUGCCCUUGUUUUCUCUAUUCUCUUACAGACCGGUUGUAUUUUACAACCCUUAGAACCAAACCGAAAACUACAGCAAACACUCACUACUUCAGCACAGAUGAUGAACUUCUCUAUGAGAAGUAAGUAGGCCUGUUGUAUGGACUGCCCUCUUCAAUUCAAACCACAGGUUUUCAAUGGGUUUCAUGUCCGGAGACUGCGAUGUCCUGGUACUGGAUAAAGUUCAUGAUGCCGUUGACCUUAACAAGGUGUGUGUGGCCAAAGAGCACUAUUUUCAUGUAAUCUGACCAAAGCACCGGUACCAAUCCAAGUGCCAAUGCUGUUUAGCAAACUCCAGGGGUUUACAUGUGUUGGAUGACAUGACAAUAUAGCUCUUUGGCCACACACACCAGUGUGGAAAUGAGAAUGCAUGAGCAGAAAAUAACCCCAUACCUACUGUAAAAUAUGGUGGUGGAGCUUUGAUGUUAUGGGGCUAUUUUGCUUCCACUGGUCCUGGGGCCCUUGUUAAGGUCAACGGCAUCAUUAACUUUACCCAGUACCAGGAUAUUUUAGCCAAAAACCUGGUUUCCUCUGCUAGGAGGCUGAAACUUGGCUGCAAGGGGAUCUUCCAGCAAGACAAUAAACCCAGGGACACAUCAAAAUCCACAAAUAAAUGGUUAAUUGGCCACAAAAUCAGCAUUUUACCAUGGCCAUCUCAGUCAAAAAUUUGAGCAUACAAUAUAGUUCAGUAUUUGAAUUAUUUAUUUUAUACAGUCAUUUUUGCACACCUUUAUCAAGGGUGUCAAACGUUUCAGACCCGACUAUAGCGCACAUAGAUAGAACACAUGUGUUGUCUAUGGAUUUAGGCUAACCAAUAACCAGUAGGUCUAGGCCUAAUGGCAACCAGUUACCAUGUGUAAAAUUGGAUUUUAUAACCUGAUUUCUAAAUCCCAAAAUGUGUAUUACAUGUACUUUAUUCUGUAAUUGUUCAUUUACAGUAUACAGGCCUACAUGAUAUUACCUUCCUCCACUGAAGAGUAAUAGUUAUGCUAUUACUUUAGAUACAUUAUUUACGUUUGCUCUCUUGGGCUUGUGUCUCAGCUUCUAUGCUGACUUUGGACCCCUGAAUCUGGGCAUGCUGUACAGGUACUGCUGUAAACUGAACAAGAAGCUCAGGGUAAGACACAGAUACAUUACCAUUCCUCCAAGGGGGUUUCCUCAAUAUGAACAUUACUUUACCCUUUUGAUAACCCUUUACAUUAAGGUGCUCCUAUUACUAUGUAAUAUCAAUGUCAUUUUCAACACAAUCUUUCCUAUAAAACCAAACAUAGAAGUCGUUUAACGAACAUCUUAUGAUUUGAAAUGUUGACAGUCUGGUUUCUUUCAGUCCUUCACUCAUUCCAGAAAGAGGGUGAUUCACUACACCAGCUAUGAUCAGAGGAAGAGGACCAAUGCUGCAGUACUUAUUGGUGCCUAUUCUGUAAGUGUUCAUCUUCUUGUCUUUAUUAUGUCAUUCUCGUAAUCUCUUAUUGUCUCUAAUGCACAUGCACACGUCUGUCUCAGGUGAUCUAUUUGAAGAGAAGCCCAGAGGAGGCCUACAGGACCCUCAUCUCAGGAAACAAUACCGCAUAUCUGCCUUUCAGGUAAACAAACAGUACACCACUCCAGUAACUAUUCAGUUACUCUAUCGCCCAAUCUUAAAUUUAGAGGUUGGUAGGCUAAUGCUGUGUACAUAACACCCUUCAUGAAUGGUGCAUAUACAAAUACUGCCAAACGUCAUGCCUAAUGCCUUUAUGCCUAACUGCCUAAUGUUUGUCACUGAUAAUGUUGAAAAAGCGUACUGCUGAACAAAGGAGAAUAUUUGUUGUUUCUUUUCUAUAACUGGUAUCAAUGCGCUCGCAUUAGACUCAGAGAUAUACUGCAAAUCCCAGCUUAGCCAGGCUGUGCCACUGACAGAAAUGCCUCUGGCACGCCCAUAAAUACGUGCGGUUGCACACGUACAUACAGUUAGAAAUGAGUUGAGAUGAGAAUGUGGAAGAUUGAUGCAAAGUUCCUGCAGAGCGUUCUAGAUUCCUGAUGACUCAAUGCCACAUUGUAACCCCAUCAUCCUGACAUCGCAGGAUGACACAACACCAUACCAAGUUACACUGUCACCGUUUGGGUGUAUGUUGAGUAAAUGUAAUUGGAAAAGCUUAUAAUGAGGUUAGCUGUUGAAAAUGCACAGCCAACAAUAAUCUCCAAAAGUGUAAUGAAUUCACCAUUUGUUCUUCUCUUUUAGGGACGCUGCUCUCGGAGACUGCACAUACAAUUUGACCAUCCUAGACUGUUUACAAGGAAUCCGCAAGGUAAAAAUGCGUUGUUUAUUUUCAGUUGAGCCUUGGGUUGGUCAUUAUUAUAAAUAAUGAUUUAUUAUUAGACUCUGUCCUUCUUAUCGUGGGUAGUUGGUGUCUUCUAACGCUUGAUAACAUGUUAUAAUAACUGUCAUUAAUAAGCAUUAAUAAACUAUUUAUAAGUAGUACAUACUCUUAAUAAAUGAGUAUUCCAUCAUUUAUAAAAAUGUAUAUGGCAUUUACAAUGGUGUAUCAAUUAAAAUUUUGUAUAACAUGUUAUCCAGCCUUUUUAUGAGUUUAAAAGGACCCAUAGACCGGUUACAUGGCCUCAAGAAUCCAUUUUCUUUCUCCAUUCCCCCUCUCUCUGUCUUGUUCGCAGUGUUAAUCUUUUAGUCCAAUUAUGCUCACAGGGAGAGAAACAUGGUUAGCAUGUAUCAACAUGGAGGAAGGGUUACAUCAUGGGUUCACUACAGAACGUUCCAUUCAGAUAGAAAUAUAGUAUCUAGAAUAAACAUGAUUCUCAACUAUGUAGAAUAUGGAAUCAUCUUAGUUCUCUGCAAAACAUUUAUAUCUGAGCAUUUCAAAAUCUUUCUCGCCUGAAUUCGACCCUGCACUAUGUGCUUUUGCUCACCCUGGCUUUUUAGUCAGGGACUCAUUUCUACACACGCAACCUGGUGUGUGGACUCUAUAUCCAGUUAAUGAAUUGAUGAAUCAAUCAAGUGCCAGGGAGAUGUGAAGAACAGAAGGAUUGUGCAAUGGAGUGUAAUCAAUAAGAGAAAAAGAGAAGAUGAGAAGAGAGGGAACUCUUGCAAUUUCUCCACGUUCACACAGGUCCUUGAGACUGCAAGGCUAUGUCUACAGUGACUAUAUAUGUACGUUGCUCCUAAGUACUCGUCUUUUUGUGAACAACAAUUCAUGUCAGGUUUGAUUGAAUACCACCCUGCUUUUUCUUCCAUCCCUAGGCCCUGCAAUAUGGAUUCUUCAACUUUGAGACAUUUGAUGUGGAAGAGUAUGAGCAUUAUGAGCGGGUGGAGAAUGGAGACAUGAACUGGAUUAUUCCUGGGAAGAUUUUGGCCUUUAGUGGACCUCACCCAAAAAGCAAGAUAGAGAAUGGUGAGUUUUUCUCAGUGCCUAUACAUGUUUUUAAGAGACAAUUACAGCGCUUGGUCAUGUCACAGUAAAUGGAAUGGCAGUUGAUAGUACAGAAUACCCAAAUUACUUUACUUCACCAACCUCCACUAUAAUGGUACUGACCCCAACCCUGUUGCCCCCCCCUCCCUCCCAGGAUACCCUCUCCACGCUCCAGAGGCCUACUUCCUGUAUUUCCAGGAGCAUGAUGUCACCGCCGUGGUGCGGCUCAACAGAAAGAUCUACGACGGACAGCGGUUCACUGACGGCGGCUUCGAGCAUCACGACCUGUUCUUCGUGGACGGAACCACGCCCAGUGACCUCAUCACACGACGCUUCCUCCACGUGUGUGAGAGCACCGAGGGCGCUGUGGCUGUCCACUGCAAGGGUUAGAGGCUGUGUGUGUGUGUGUAUUAAUGAGUUCAUAAAGCCAUCAUGUACAGAAAGCAACAUAAAACAUGUGUACAUCAUACAGUACAUAAAGCUCUGCUGUCUGUUCAGUAGCAAAUUACAAAAUUAUUCAGUGGUGGACUCUAGCAUGCAGUGAUACAGAGACAUCACUAGAGGGCAGCAAUUGACUGACAUAUCAACAGUAGGCUUACUCACUCACCAUUACUCUAUCAUAAAGAACUCUAUUUUCUCUUCUUCUCUCUUUACUCUUUCUCUUUCUUUUCUGCGCACUCCUCCCCUCUCUGUCCAUUCACAGCGGGUCUGGGUCGUACGGGGACUCUGAUAGGUUGUUACCUGAUGAAGCACUAUCGUUUCACGGCGGCUGAGGCCAUCGCCUGGAUCAGGAUCUGCAGGCCUGGAUCCAUCAUCGGACCUCAGCAGGACUUUCUUGAAGAGUAAGGAAUAAACCCCAAUAUUUCACACUAAGGCCCAGUGAAAGAUACAGUGCAUUCGGAAAGACCUCUUGACUUUUUCCACAUUGUGUUACAUUACAGCCUUAUUCUAAAAUGGAUUAAAUUGUGUUUUUUCCCCUCAUCAAUCUACACACAAUACCCCAUAAUGACAAAGCAAAAACAGGUUUUAAGAAAUGUUAGCAAAAAAAGAAAAUAUCACAUUUAUAUAAGUAUUCAGACCUUUUACUCAGUACUUUGUUGAAGCACCUUUGGCAGCGAUUACAGCCUCAAGUCUUCUUGGGUAUGACGCUACAAUCUUGGCACACCAGUAUUUGGGGAGUUUCUCCCAUUCUUCUCUGCAGAUCCUCACAAGCUCUGUCAGGUUGGAUGGGGAGUGUCGCUGCACAGGUAUUUUCAGGUCUCUCCAGAGAUGUUCGAUUGGGUUCAAGUCUGGGUCUCUCAAGGACAUUCAGAGACUUGUCCCGUAGCCACUCCUGCGUAGUCUUGGCUGUGUGCUUAGGGUCAUGUCCUGUUGGAAGGUGAACCUUCGCCCCAGUCUGAGGUCCUGAGCACUCUGGAGCAGGUUUUCAUCAAGGAUCUCUCUGUACUUUGCUCCGUUCAUCUUUACCUCGAUCCUGACUAGUCUCCCAGUUCCUGCCGCUGAAAAACAUCCCCACAGCAUGAUGCUGCCACCACCAUGCUUCACUGUAGGGAUGGUGCCAGGUUUCCUCCAGCGGUGACGCUUGGCAUUCAGACCAAAGUAUUCAAUCUUGGUUUCAUCAGACCAGAGAAUCUUGUUUUUCAUGGUCUGAGAGUCCUUUAGGUGCCUUUUGCCAAACUCCAAGCGGGCUGUCAUGUGCCUUUUACUGAGGAGUGGCUUCCGUCUGGCGACUUUACCAUAAAGGCCUGAUUGGUGGAGUGCUGCAUAGAUGGUUGUCCUUCUGGAAGGUUCUCCCAUCUCCACAGAGGAACUCUGGAGCUCUGUCAGAGUGACCAUUGGGUUCUUGGUCACCUCCCUGACCAAGGCCCUUCUCCCCCGAUUACUCAGUUUGGCCGGGCGGCCAGCUCUAGGAAGAGUCUUGGUUGUUCCAGACUUCUUCCAAUCUAUUGAAUUUACCACAGGUGGACUCCAAUCAAGUUGUAGAAACAUCUCAAGGAUGAUCAAUGGAAACAGGAUGCACCUGAGCUCAAUUUUGAGUCUCAUAGCAAAGGGUCUGGAUACUUAUGUAAAUAAAAAAUAAAAAAAACAAAAAUAAAACUGUUUUCACUUUGUCAUUAUGGGGUAUUGUGUGUAGAUUGAUGAGGACAUGUUUUUAUUUAAUCAAUUUUAGAAUAAGGCUGUAAUGUAACAAAAUGUGGAAAAAGGUAAGGGGUCUGAAUACUUUCCGAAUGCACUGUAUAUUGCAGUAUCUCAGGUUCACAGUGCUUCACCACUUUUCAUGAAUUUGAUUUACUUCCAGGAGUUUGUAAAGUAUGAUUUGACAUGCACCGCAGUUGGGUUCAGGCCUUGUACUCAUGAAGUGUCGCAGAGUAGAUCAGAGUGCUGAUCUAGGAUCAGUUUUGCCAUUUAGAUCAUAAUAAAUAAGAGGAGGACCUGAUCCCAGAUCGCUUUUUUAAUAUGGACCCUUUGGGGGAGACAUCAUCUGGCUCUUAAAUCUGUGGAAGUUUGGUACAUCUGACUCCUCAUCUCUCUCUUUAGUAAGCAACACAGUAUGUGGGUGCAGGGUGACAUGCACCGCACCAAACAGAAGCAGCAGCAGCGUCGCCAGCGGCCAAAGCUGGACCAGGAAGUGACUUGCCUCGUCUCCAGCAUGGACGACCUGUCAAUCAAUACGACUCUUUAUAAGUCCUUCAGCCUGGAUGAGGUGAGUGACUUUGGCAAUAGUUCUUUGUAUGCAGGGUUGGGUAGGUUACUUUCUAAAUGUCAUCCAUUACAGUUACUAGUUACCUGUCCAAAAUUGUAAUCAGUAACGUAACUUUUGGAUUAUCCAAACUCAGUAAUGUAAUCUGAUUACUUUUCGUCAUGCAUCUUGUUCUGGAGGCAGCUCUGGCAGAGCCACAAAGUUAUAACAUCUGAUUUUAAACCUAACCUUAACCCUAACAUUAACAACACUGCUAACCACUAAUGCCUAACCCUAGCCUUAAAUUAAGACCAAAAACACAUUUUUGUUUUCAUACAUUUUUACAAUAUAGCCAAUUAUGUACUCUGCAGCUGGCCCAUCUAGUGGAAAUCUCUCAGUUCUGCCUCAAGGACAAGACUCAUCCCAAUAAACAUCAACCUGCUUAAGAGGCAUUAGAAGAAGACAAAAGUCAAUGCUUACUUACAAGCCCUUAACCAACAAUGCAGUUUUUAAGAAAAUAAAAAAAGUGUUAAGUAGAAAAUAGAAAAGUAAAGAAAUAGCAAAUAAUUAAAGAGCAGCAGUAAAAUGUACGUUUGUGUAAAACAUUGUUGAUGGCUGUUUUGUGGAUGAUCACCAGUUUUAUAAUUGUACAACCAUGAAAUACUAUCUAAUGCAGUUGACCAACUUCCAUUUAAAUUUGCUGCUAUGCUUGUCCUAGUCGCGUACGAGACAGAAUGCUGGAUUUGAAAAGUAGAUGGUUGCUGUGCUUCUUGUAUGAAUUGUAGCACUUUUCUGGCCAGAUAUGCCACCUGAGUUACACCAACGGAGAGUGAUUGGCAGGUACCACAGCUGCAAAAAAAGAUUAUUUACAAAGAUGGAUUCCACCUCAUUUACCAAUGCAGCAAUGGCUGCUCACGUUCAAGGAAAUUGUCCUUAUGUCCACGGCCAGGAUUCACAGGGCCAAGGUGUCCACUCUGGACACAUGGAAAAAAAGCAGCGGCCGACAUUUCGGAAUUUUUAUGCAACAGACAUCCAUGAAUGCGUCGCUAUAAUUUAUAACUAUUUCCGACGCUAUAUGAUGUAUUGUUCAGUAGAUCUACAAAGUAAUGUGUUUUUCCUGAUUUAUUUUACAUAUGCUACCCCUGUAGCUCAGUUGGUAGAGCAUGGCGCUUGCAACGCCAGGGUUGUGGGUUUGUUUCCCACGGGGGGCCAGUAUGCAAAUAGUCCGGGUAGCCAUGAUUAGCUUUUCAGAAGUUUUAUGGCUUGAGGGUAGAAGCUGUUAAGAAGCCUUUUGGACCUAGACUUGGCGCUCCGGUACUGCUUGCCGUGCGGUAGUAGAGAGAACAGUCUAUGAUUAGGAUGGCUGGAGUCUUUGACAAUUUUUAGGGCUUUCCUCUGACACCGCCUGGUAUAGAGGUCCUGGAUGGCAGGAAGCUUGGCCCCAGUGAUGUACUGGGCCGUACACACUACCCUCUGUAGUGCCUUGCGGUCGGAGGCCGAGCAGUUGCCAUACCAGGUGGUGAUGCAACCACUCAGGAUGCUCUCGAUGGUGCAGCUGUAGAACUUUUUGAGGAUCUGAGGAUCCAUGCCAAAUCUUUUUAGUCUCCUGAGGGGGAAUAGGCUUUGUCGUGCCCUCUUCACGACUGUCUUGGUGUGUUUGGACCAUGAUAGUUUGUUGGUGAUGUGGACACCAAGGAACUUGAAGCUCUCAACCUGUUCCACUACAGCCCUGUUGAUGAGAAUGGGGGCGUGCUCAGUCCUCUUUUUAUGGUGGUCUGCUUGAAACAUGUUGGUAUUACAGACUCAGUCAGGGACAUGUUGAAAAUGUCAGUGAAGAUACUUGCCAGUUGGUCAGCGCAUGCUUGGAGUACACGUUCUGGUAAUCCGUCUGGCCCUGCGGCCUUGUGAAUGUUGACCUGCUUAAAAGUCUUACUUACAUCGGCUACGGAGAGCGUGAUCACAUAGUCAUCCAGAACAGCUGAUGCUCUCAUGCAUCCUUCAGUGUUGCUUGCCUCGAAGCGAGCAUAGAAGUGAUUUAGCUCGUCUGGUAGGCUUGUGUCACUGGGCAGCUCGCGGCUGUGCUUCCCUUUGUAGUCUGUAAUAGUUUGCAAGCCCUGCCACAUCCGACGAGCAUCAGAGCCGGUGUAGUACGAUUCAAUCUUAGUCCUGUAUUGACUCUUUGCCUGUUUGAUGGUUCGUUGGAGGGCAUAGCAGGAUUUCUUAUAAGCAUCCGGGUUAGAGUCCCGCUCCUUGAAAGCGGCAGCUCUACCCUUUAGUACGUAUGGUCACUGUGGGGACGACGUCAUCGAUGCACUUAUUGAUGAAGCCAGUGACUGAUGUGGUGUACUCCUCAAUGCUAUCGGAAGAAUCCCGGAACAUAUUCCAGCCUGUGCUAGCAAAAUAGUCCUGUAGCUUAGCAUCUGCGUCAUCUGACCACUUCCUUAUUAACCGAGUCACUGGUGCUUCCUGCUUUAGUUUUUGCUUAUAAGCAGGAAUCAGGAGGAUAGAGUUAUGGUCAGAUUUGCCAAAUGGAGGGAGAGGGAGAGCUUUGUACGCGUCUCUGUGUGUGGAGUAAAGGUGGUCUAGAGUUUUUUUUCCCUCUGGUUGCACAUUUAACAUGCUGGUAGAAAUUAGGUAGAAUGGAUAAAAAUUUCCCUGCAUUAAAGUCCCCGGCCACUAGGAGCGCUGCCUCUGGAUGAGCGUUUUCCUGUUUACUUAUGGCCUUAUACAGCUCAUUGAGUGCAAUCUUAGUGCCAGCAUCGGUUUGUGGUGGCAAAUAGACAGCUACGAAAAAUAUAGAUGAAAACUCUCUUGGUAAAUAGUGUGGUCUACAGCUUAUCAUGAGAUACUCUACCUCAGGCGAGCAAAACCUCGAGACUUCCUUAGUAUGAGAUUUUAUGCACCAGCUGUUGUUUACAAAUAUACACAGACCGCCACCCUUGUCUUACCGGAGUCAGCCGUUCUAUCCUGCUGAUGUUGCGUAUAUCCCGCCAGCUGUAUGUUAUCCAUGUCGUCGUUCAGCCACGACUCGGUGAAACAUAAGAUAUUAGAGUUUUUAAUGUCCCGUUGGUAGGAUAACCUUAAUCUUAGGUUGUCCAAUUUAUUUUCAAAUAAUUGAACAUUGGCUAAUAGGAUUGAUGGAAGAGGCAGUUUACUCGAUUGCCGUCGGAUCCUUACAAGACACCCCGACCUACGUCCACGAUACGUCCAAGAUCUCAUGCGAAUGACGGGGAUUUGGGCCUUGUCGGGUGUCUGUAGAAUUCCUUCGCGUCCGACUCGUUGAAGAAAAAAUCUUUGUCCAAUACGAGGUGAGUAAUCGCUGUCCUGAUAUCCAGAAUCUCUUUUUGGUCAUAAGAGACGGUGGCAGAAACAUUGUGUACAGAAUAAAUUAGAAUAACGCAAAAAAACACACAUAAUAGUACAAUUGGUUAGAGGGCUGUAAAACGGCAGCCAUCUUCUCCGGUGCCAUCAAGUCGAAGCAACCACUACCCCAUUGUUGACUAGAAAUUAGCUAUAACUGGGCUAAUAACCCAUUAACUAGAAAAGAAUAUGAACAAAUGUGCACGUGGCUACAUGCAGCUCUCACUUUGAUCUCAAAACAAGUGCAUCUACUCGCAACCACACAUACUGUAGCCUAAACAUAGUCUAGUUCAAAGUGAAUGGCACAGAUCCAUAUAUGGCAAUGGCUAUUUGCAUAUAGGCCUACUGCAGCUCUGAUUGGUUAUGGCACACCGGUCUGUGUAGAGUACAGGCCUGGUUCAUGCCUGUCAAUAUAAUAGAAUCCUACUCCAAUGCGCUUUGCCUACAAGAAAAUAUCUUGCCAAGUUAGUUUAGCAUACUAUGUCUUGCAAAGUUCGUUUUGUUACGGUAUGUUACAUUGAAAGUGGCUAAUAUUGCGUUGAUUCGAUCACAAUUCCCACAGUAGAGCGAAACGUUGAUAGUGUUAACUAAAGGGGAAAACUCUAGAAAGUUGAGUGAAGUUCAAUCUAGUGCUUCUCUGCGUGGGUUGAUAUUUCUUCUGCGUGGCAGUCCGAGGGGAGCUGAGCGCCCGCGCACGCACGCAGCUUAGAGGGAACAUUGCCAUUGAGCAUGUUUGGGAUGCUCUGGAUUGACGUGUACGACAGCGUGUUCCAGGUCCUGCCAAUAUCCAGCAACUUCGCACAGCCAUUGAAGAGGAGUGGGACAAUAUUCCACAGGCCACAAUCAACAGCCUGAUCAACUCUAUGCGAAGGAGAUGUGUUGCGCUGCAUGAGGCAAAUGGUGGUCACACCAGAUACUGACUGGUUUUCUGAUCCACACCCCUACAAUCUUUUUAAGGUAUUUGUGACGAACAGAUGCAUACAGUAUCUGUAUUCCCAGUCAUGGGAAAUCCAUAGAUUAGGGCCUAAUGAAUUUAUUUCAAUUGACUGAUUUCCUUUUGUGAAUUGUAACUCAGUCAAAUCUUUGAGAUUGUUGCAUGUUGCGUUUAUUUUUGUUCAGUGUAGAUAUCAAUAAUAAGUGAUAUCCGUAUCUCCCGUAGGCUACACCACUGCUGUCGUCCUUACCUCCAAGCAUUUAUUCAAGUUGGAUAAUCUUUGGAUACCGACAGCAGUCACUCCAUUGGAAGACAGCUUGGACUGUAGCUUACAAAAGCCUAUUCCUGCUCUUUUCCCGAGAUCCAUCAAACGCAUUUGGUGUAUCAUCAAAGUGGUCUCUGCCUUGUGGUCAGACUCGCUCAGGCGGAACAAACGUAAACUUGCGGCUUUUUUCAAUGCUGAUUUGAAUGUCAUUGAGAAAACAUAAAGGUGUAAAAGAAAAAUGUGCGCAAACAUGCUUUCUGAAUUUAAAAGUAAUCCUCAAAGUAAUCAUCUAGUUUUUCAAAAGUAUCUGUAAUCUGAUUACAAUAUUUUUGGCCUUGUGUUUGACACAUGUGGUGUUACAGAUAUGACUGUUUGUCAAGUACAAUAAUCAUUCAGGUCAGUUUUAUUCAUUGCAUUAUAAUCUGAAAUGUUCUGACCCUGUCUAAGUUUUUUGAGGGCUGGUAUUUCGCUAGGAUGUGAAAUGAUUGUGACUGCAUGUCUUGGUUUGUUGCCCUCUCUCUGCCGUCUGCAGAAUAACUACAGGGAGUGUCUGACCCAAGGAGAUAAACUCAGGGAUUUGAAAGGCCGUCGCUCAUCCAGGUCUGCCACCUCUUCACGGUAUGUGUGUGUGUGGUGCGAAAGUGAAUGUGGUAAAACAUACAUCGAUAGGCAUAACCCUCAUCUUUAGAGCUGUACUUUGAAUGUAUUUUAAAAGGUUAUGAAACCUUGUUGUUUGUUGUACCAUCAUUCUCCAGGUUGAAUUUGACAAAGACCAGUCAGACCUCUAUCACCCCUCCCAAGUCUUCCAAGUUAUCUCAGGUCCCUGUCCCCUUCUCCUCUUCCUCUGCUCCCAAGAGGCUGGUGCAAAGCUCCUCAUCCUCAGCUAGUAACCUUAAGAGGUGAGUUUCUGUGUGUGAUGUGUGUGUUUUUGUGCCAUCUUCAUGUGUUCAGGUAUGUAUGAUCUCUCUCUGUCUCUCUCUCUCUCUCUAGUCCCUUUAGCCUGAGUAUGUUCAGCUCUAAGGCUACUGCCAUUCACUGAGCCAGCGUUGAUCACUGACUUUUCAUCUUUGACCUUCUGACCUUCCAGUUGACCCCAGGAGACGGGAGGUUAACCCUCUCAACAGCUGGAGAAAUGUGCACGAUUGUCUCUGUUAAAAAAUCUAAUCCACCCCUGAGACACUGUAAAAAUCCUCUUUGUAACAAUUGGAUUUGUAGACAUGAUGUAAUUUAAAUCAAUGUAAUUUGUUUGAUUUGAAAAUGGGUUUAUAAUCAUUUUAAUUGUGUGUUUAUCAUGGCUUUCUCUUUCUCUUAUUCAGUUAUUCAAUUGGUAUCUAUUUUUUGAUUGACGCUGUAAAAGCAGACAUAUCCUACACUCAGCUGAAACAUGAGUGGCUGUCUAUGAAUGUUGUCAUACAGGAGAUGUAUUUUUUGAAUGUGAAUACGUUUGGAUUGUAACAGAACUGACUCUGGUUGAGCACUUUUUUUCUGACUUGUUUUUACGACUCUGUUGUUGACAGGCUUGAGACAAUUGUUGUUUUGUUUUAAGUAACUUUAAGUAGUAGGCCUAUAUGGCGUAUAUGGAGUGUAUUUCUGCAAACUUUGCAGAAAUACUAUUGGUACAUUGUGUCCUUUAAAUUUGAUUAAAAACUUUCCUUGUCAAAAUAA